AUGAUUCUGAAGUAUACGAGUAUAUUUAUUUUGUUAUUCUACUGUUAUAUUGGAGGAGCCCAGGGGUCUGUCAGACUACAAAGUAGUGGACCCACAGUCCUUGGCGCCAAUAUUACUCUAUCAGCUACUUUAGUUGACGAAUAUCCUGGCGUAUUGCACAAGUUUGUCUUUCGCAAUGUUGAAAAAGGGGAGACCUUCGAGAUUUUAAGUUCACAAACAGUUGUGAAUUAUACCGUGAAAAUAAGCAGGGAGAAAUAUGAUGUAGGAUUGUACGCCUUUGAAGUAAGAGUUUACAGGAAAAAUAAAUACAAACGUCGUACGUUUUCGCUUAUUGCUAGCGACCGAAUCAGGGUUUCUGUCACAGAAUUAUUGAACGGUAAACUAAAGCUGGUCCAGAACGGAUUUGACAGGUCAUAUGGCAGGAUAUUCCCCAAUGAGCGUGUGAGCCAUAUUAUAGAGUUAUCCAAUGAAGAACUACAGUUUCUAACAGACGACAAUACGUAUUUAGUCCAUUGGUAUAUAGAUUGUUCAUUAAUAUCAUCAACGGGCCUCUCUUUCGACUAUACCUACGAAGACGCCUAUAAAACUUAUAAUUUGGAAGCGUUAGUGGAAGUGGAACAUAGCAAAUUUUCUAACGGUACUUCCACCUCAAGCCUUGAAGAAUUGUCAGGUUUCAAAUGUGCACCAAUUUAUAGUUCUGGAUACACCUAUGGAUAUUACAAAGCAAGAGUUCGCGCAGACGCUGCGAACGGUUCUCCCCCUCCACCAAGGGUAACUUCAGAAAACCCGUCAAAUACAUGGCAAGACUCAAGCUCACCGGAUUCGACUACCGAACGUUCUAUUGGUCGCGUUCAGUCAGGAGGUGACAAGGGUUAUGUGAGAUUAAGAAGUAGUGGACCCACAGUCCGUGGCGCCAAUCUCACCCUAACAGCUACUAUUGUUGAUGACUAUCCUGGAGCAGAACGCAUGUUUGUCUUUCGGAAUAUUAAAGAAGAGGAGGCCGUAGAGAUUUUAAGUUCAGAAGCAGUUGUGAACCAUACCCUGAAAUUAAGCAAGUACAAAUAUGAAGCCGGAAACGCUGAAUUUGAAGUAGCAGUUUAUGGGAGAAAGAUAUUUAAUCCUAAUAAAUUCCGGUAUUUAGGAAGCGACGUAAUCAAAGUCCCUGUUACAGAACUAUUGAACGGUAAACUGAAGCUGAUCCAGAACGGAUUUGACAGGUCAUAUGGCAGGAUAUUCCCCAAUGAGCGUGUGAGCCAUAUUAUAGAGUUAUCUCAAGAAGAAUUACAGUUUCUAACAGACGACAAUACGUAUUUAGUCCAUUGGUAUAUAGAUUGUUCAUUAAUAUCAUCAACGGGCCUCUCUUUUGACUAUACCUACGAAAACCGUGACAAAACUUAUAUUUUGGAAGCAUUAGUAGAAGUGGAACAUAACCAAAAUUCAUCAGCUCCUCGAGUAAUAGGCAGAAGGGCUGACAGACUGUCAGGUUUCAAAUGUGCACCAAUUUAUAGGUAUGGAUACACCUAUGGAUAUUACAAAGCAAGCGUUCGUGCAGACGCCACGGAUGGUUCAACCCCUCCACCAACGGUAGCUGCAGAAUACCCGUCAAAUACAUGGCAAGACUCAGGUUCAUCUGAUCGGGCUAUUGAAUCGUCACCACGACCGUGGAGAACAACACCAAGAUCACCUUGGAGAGAUGAAAGAGUUUGGAAUGCAUCACUAAUUCCAACUUUUCCAGAAAGUAAACCUUUCAAAAAUUCGAGGACAACAGAGCGUUCUACUCUUAAUACUAUUGACAGCGGUGACCACAAAAAUUGUAUUACAAAUGCAAACAACGCUCUGAUAUCAAUAAAGGAUGGUCAUAUGAAAUUAGCAAUGGAUCUAGUAUUUCAUGGUACCCUCAAUAUCUCUUCUUUUCAAGUAGAGGGAAAUUAA